GGGAGUCCCGGACCGAGCAACUGACUGCUAGCCACACAGAGCGAGCGGCAGCUGACGAUCAUUCAGGCGGAGCAGCGACGGCGGCAGCAGGAAUGUCUGUCACUACACAGCUGGGUCUGCUGCUGUGGAAGAACUUCACCUACAGACGACGACAGACGCUCCAGCUCCUGGCGGAGAUCGUCUGGCCCCUCUUCAUCUUCUUCAUCCUCAUCUCUGUGCGGCUGAACUACCCUCCCUACGAGCAGCAUGAGUGUCAUUUUCCAAACAAGGCGAUGCCGUCAGCCGGCACGCUGCCCUGGCUUCAGGGAAUCCUCUGCAACGCCAACAACCCCUGCUUCAGACAUCCGACACCGGGCGAGUCUCCGGGCAUCGUCGGCAACUUCAACGACUCCAUAAUUUCUCGCCUUUUCUCGGACGCCAAGAAGAUCCUCCUGUACAGUCAGAAUGAUAAAAACCUCGAGGGCUUCAAGGAGCUGGCUCGAGCCCUGCAGGUGCUGCAGUCCAGCCGCUCAGGCUUCAAGUUGAAGCAUUUCCUGCGAGACAAUGAGACUCUGUCGAGUUUUCUGUUGAGGAACGCCUCCUUCCCCGAACACAGCGUCCAGCAGAUCACGGAGGCCGACAUCAACCUGCAGAAGGUCCUCCUCGGGGGGUUCGGGGUCCACCUGAGGGACAUGUGUCCCAGGAGGGGGGGCAAGCAGAGCCUGGAGGAAUUUGUGACGAUCUCGGACCCACAGGUAUCGGCAAUGGUUCAAGAAAAGAUCUGCCAGGCUCCGCCCACCUGGCUCAACCACGCCGAGGAGCACUUUCUGGACAACUUGGACUUCCUCAAACCCAUCCGGAGGGACGUCAGGGCUGACCCCGAGGCUGUCCAAGAGGUCGCCAGGGCAACCGACAACCUGCUGGAUAGUCUGGGUUCACUGGCAGUUGAGUUGGCCAGUAUGAAGAGCUGGAUCGAUCUGAGGAACGAGAUAGUCUUCCUGACACAGAACGCCACGUCGUCGCCCAGCGCCAUGUACCAGGCAGUCUCCCGGAUCGUGUGCGGUCACCCCGAAGGCGGCGGCCUGCAGAUCAAAUCCCUCAACUGGUACGAAGACAGCAACUACAAGGCUCUGUUCGGAAACUACAACAGCAGCGAGGACGAGACGGCGUCGCUGUACGACAACUCCUCCACUCCGUACUGUAACAGCCUGGUGAAGAACAUGGACUCAAACCCCAUGUCCAGGAUGAUCUGGCAGGCCCUGAAGCCCCUGCUGUUAGGGAAGCUCCUGUACACCCCCCACACGCCUGCCACACAGAAGAUCAUCCACGAGGUGAAUCGGACCUUCCAGGAGCUCGGUGUGUUCAGGGAGCUGGGGGGGAUGUGGGAGGAGAUAAGACCCAAAGUCUGGGACUUCAUGGAGAACAGCGAGCAGAUGAACGUGAUCAGGACUCUGCUAAAGAACAACAUCACCGCCAGAGUCUUUCGCGCUCAGCUUGCUGACACAGACUGGACCGUAGAGGACAUCUCCAACUUCCUGUCCAAGCAAGCAGAUGACCAGCAGCCACCAGGCAGCACCCUCACCUGGAGGGAUGUGUUCAACGAGACCGAUCAGGCCAUCAUGAGCAUCUCCCACUUCAUGGAGUGUGUGAACCUGGACAAACUGGAGCCGGUCUCCAACGAGGAGAGAAUGGUGAACGUGUCCAUGAAGCUACUGGAAGACAGGAAGUUCUGGGCAGGGAUUGUGUUUCUGGAUGUCCCUUCCAACGCCACAGAGCUACCUGCCAAACUCAACUACAAGAUCAGAAUGGACAUCGACAACGUGGAGCGGACCAAUAAGAUCAAAGACGCAUACUGGGACCCGGGUCCUCGUGCCGACCCGUUUGAGGACAUGCGUUACAUCUGGGGUGGGUUCUCGUACCUUCAGGACGUUAUUGAGCAAGGCAUCAUCAGAGCGGUGACGGGCACCAAGGAGAAGACGGGAGUUUACAUCCAGCAGAUGCCGUACCCGUGUUACGUAGAUGACAUUUUCCUGCGGGUGAUGAGCCGCUCCAUGCCUCUCUUCAUGACUCUUGCCUGGAUGUACUCGGUGGCCAUCAUCCUGAAGAGCGUGGUGUAUGAGAAGGAGGCUCGACUGAAGGAGACUAUGAGGAUCAUGGGUCUGGAUAACGGCAUCCUGUGGUUCAGCUGGUUCAUCAGCAGCCUGAUUCCUCUGCUCAUCAGCGCCGGGCUGCUAGUGUUGCUGCUCAAGAUGGGGAACCUCCUGCCCUACAGCGACCCCGGCGUCAUCUUCCUCUUCCUGGGGUCCUUCGGCGUGGUGACCAUCAUGCAGUGCUUCCUGCUCAGCACGGCAUUUGCCCGUGCCAACCUCGCCGCCGCCUGUGGAGGAAUCAUCUACUUCACCCUCUACUUGCCGUACGUGCUCUGCGUCGCCUGGGAAGAGUACAUCGGCUUCGGGACGAAAGUCUUCGCUAGCCUUCUGUCCCCUGUGGCGUUUGGAUUCGGCUGCGAGUACUUCGCCCUGUUUGAGGAGCAGGGAGUCGGUAUCCAGUGGAAGAACCUGGUGUCCAGCCCACUGGAGGAGGAUGACUACAGCCUCCGCACCGCCAUCAUCAUCAUGUACUUUGACUCCUUCCUGUACGGAGUCCUGACCUGGUACCUCGAAGCCGUGUUUCCAGGUCAGUAUGGGAUCCCUCGGCCGUGGUACUUCCCCUUCACUAAAUCCUAUUGGUUUGGAGAAAAGGACGGAAAGUCCAACAAACUCCCACUGAAUCGGAAAGGAAACCCCGGAGUGGUGUGCAUGGAGGAGGAGCCGGCUCAUCUGGAGCCUGGAGUCUACAUCGAGAACCUGGUGAAAGUUUACCGUCAUGGUAAGAAGCUGGCGGUGGAUGGACUGACGCUUGGCUUCUACGAGGGACAAAUCACCUCCUUCCUGGGACACAAUGGAGCCGGAAAAACCACCACCAUGUCCAUCCUUACUGGCCUGUUCCCACCUACCUCUGGCACUGCCUACAUCCUGGGCAGAGACAUCCGGACGGAGCUGAGCGCCAUUAGGCAGAGUCUGGGAGUCUGUCCACAGCACAACGUCCUCUUCAGCAUGCUCACGGUGGAGGAGCACAUCUGGUUCUACGCACGGCUCAAAGGCCUGCCAGAGGAACGCGUGAAAGGUGAGAUCGAGCAGAUCCUGCAGGACACAGGGUUGCCGCACAAACGCAACUGCAGGACCAGCACUCUGUCUGGGGGCAUGCAGAGGAAGCUGUCCGUGGCCCUGGCCUUUGUCGGGGGGUCAAAGGUUGUAAUCCUGGACGAGCCUACAGCUGGCGUGGACCCUUACGCCCGCAGAGGAAUCUGGGACCUGUUGCUGAAGUACCGCCAGGGCCGGACCAUCAUCCUGUCCACUCACCACAUGGACGAGGCGGACAUCCUCGGCGACCGCAUCGCCAUCAUCAGUCACGGGAAGCUGUGCUGCGUGGGCUCGUCUCUGUACCUGAAGAACCAGCUGGGGACCGGCUACUACCUGACGCUGGUGAAGAAGAACCCAGAGCCAUCACUCAGCUCCUGCAGGAACUCGGCCAGCACCGUCUCCUUCACCAAGAAGGAGGAGGAGUGCGGCUCGGUCAGCAGCAGCGACGCAGGACUCGGCAGCGAACAUGAAAGUGAGGCCGCUACCAUCGAAAAUGGCCCAGCGGCGUCCAUCUGCAAUAUCCCCUUUGUACCCCCGGACGUGUCGCUGGUUUCUGCCUUGAUCCUGCGUCACGUCCCCGACGCCCGCCUGGUGGAGGACCUGGGACACGAGCUGACCUACGUCCUGCCGUACAUCGCUGCCAAAGACGGAGCCUUCGUGGAGCUCUUCAAAGACUUGGACACGAAGCUUUCCGACCUCGGCAUUUCCAGCUACGGAGUGUCGGACACCACACUGGAGGAGAUUUUCCUGAAAGUGGCUGAAGAUAACGGAGUCGACACUGAAGUGACCUCAGAUGGGACACUUCCUGUUCAGAGGCGGAGGAGGACUCAUGCUUUCGGUGGAGGAGACCCUCAGAGCUGCUUGAGACCGUUAACAGAUGAUGACAAUGAUGACAGCAAUGAUUCUGAAGACCAAGAGUGCAAAGAAACCGACUGGCUGAACUGUACUGAUGGUAAAGGCUCAUAUCAGGUGACAGGCUGGACUCUGAGGAGGCAGCAGUUUGUCGCUCUGAUGUGGAAGCGGUUUCUGUAUGCCCGGCGCUCCAGGAAGGGCUUCUUCGCUCAGAUCGUCCUUCCAGCCGUGUUCGUCUGCAUCGCUCUGGUCUUCAGUCUCAUCGUGCCGCCGUUUGGAGUUUAUCCCAGUUUGGAGCUGCAGCCGUGGAUGUACCAGGAACAAGUGACCUUCAUCAGUGAUGAUGCUCCUGGAAAUGCCAACAUGCAGAAGCUUUUAGAUGCACUGCUGAAUGCUCCGGGAUUUGGGACUCGCUGCAUGGAUGGAUACACGAUCCCAGAGGCACCCUGUACGAUGGGCGAUGAGGACUGGUACACUCCUGAAGUUCCUGAAAGCGUCCUGGAGCUCUUUAGCUCCAGAAACUGGACCAUGGACGAUCCCUCUCCAGCCUGCAUGUGCAGCUGCGAUGGCAAGAAGAAGAUGCUGCCAGACUGCCCGGCUGGAGCCGGAGGUCUGCCCCCACCUGAGAUGAAGCUGAGCGACACCGACAUCCUGCAGAACAUCACUGGGAGAAACAUCUCCGACUACCUGGUGAAGACUUACGCUCAGAUCAUUGGCAAGAGCCUGAAGAACAAAGUCUGGGUGAAUGAAUUCAGGUACGGAGGCUUCUCAUUGGGUGCCAGGAGCACUCAAGUCCUCCCUCCGGCUAACGAGAUCAACGACGCCAUAGAGAGAGUCCGAAAGAUCUUUGAGUUACAGGAGGGAGCCGCUGCAGAUCGAUUCUUGGACACUCUGUCUGGCUUCAUCAACGGUCUCGACACAAAGAACAACGUCAAGAUCUGGUUUAACAACAAAGGCUGGCACAGCAUCGGUGCCUUCAUCAACGUGAUGAACAACGCCAUCCUCAGGGCAAACCUCCCUCAGGGGAGAGACGCCAGCAAGUACGGCAUCAGCGCCUUCAACCACCCGCUGAACUUGACCAAGGAGCAGCUGUCCCAGGUCGCUCUGGUGACGACCUCCGUGGACGUCCUGGUGUCCAUCUGCGUCAUCUUCGCCAUGUCCUUCGUGCCUGCGAGCUUCGUGGUCUUCCUCAUCCAGGAGCGGGUCAGCAAAGCCAAACACAUGCAUUUCAUCAGUGGCGUCCAUCCGCUGCUCUACUGGACCGCCAACUUCAUAUGGGACAUGUGUAACUACAUCGUCCCGGCAACGCUCGUCAUCCUCAUCUUCAUCUGCUUCCAACAAAAAGCCUACGUAUCAUCCACAAAUCUGCCGGCCCUCGCCCUGCUGCUGCUGCUCUACGGCUGGUCAAUCACGCCGCUCAUGUACCCGGCUUCCUUCUUCUUCAAGAUCCCCAGCACGGCGUACGUCGUCCUCACCAGCGUCAACAUCCUCAUCGGCAUCAACGGCAGCAUCUCCACCUUCGUCAUGGAGCUGUUCGGAAACAACGAAAUCGGAGGAAUCAACGACAUCCUGAAGAACGUCCUCCUCAUCUUUCCUCAUUUCUGUCUCGGCCGAGGUCUCAUCGACAUGGUGAAGAACCAGGCGAUGGCCGACGCCCUCGAGAGAUUCGGUGAGAACAGGUUCCGCUCUCCUCUGGAGUGGGACAUGGUGGGAAAAAACCUGCUCGCCAUGGCUGUGGAGGGAGUUGUCUUCUUUUUCAUCACCGUCCUCAUUCAGUACAGGUUUUGCAUCAAACCCAAGCCGGUCAGUAAGCUCACCAAACUGGCACCUCUGGGUGAGGAGGAUGAGGAUGUGGCCCGAGAGAGACAGAGGAUCGUCCACGGCCUCGGACAAGGAGACAUCCUGGAACUUCGGCAGCUGACGAAGGUGUUUAAGAGGAAGGAGAAGCCGGCGGUGGAUCGACUGUGUGUCGGGAUUCCUCCCGGAGAGUGUUUCGGCCUCCUCGGUGUGAACGGAGCCGGAAAGACGACCACCUUCAAGAUGCUGACGGGAGACACCAUAGUGACCAGAGGAGAGGCUUUCCUGGCUGGGAAGAGCAUCCUGCGGGAGAUUGACGAGGUGCAUCGAAACAUGGGUUACUGUCCUCAGUUUGACGCCAUCAACGAGCUGCUGACAGGAAGAGAGCAUCUGGAGCUGUAUGCCAUCCUCAGAGGGGUGCCUGAGAAGGAAGUGUGUGACGUAGCAGAGUGGGGUAUCAGGAAACUGAGUCUGGUCAAGUAUGCAGAUAAAGCAGCUGGAAGCUACAGCGGAGGAAACAUGAGGAAGCUGUCCACAUCCAUGGCUCUGAUCGGAGCACCCCCUGUAGUGUUUCUGGACGAGCCGACCACGGGUAUGGACCCCAAGGCCCGCCGAGCCCUCUGGAACUGCAUCCACAGCGUCAUCAAGGAGGGCCGCUCCGUCGUCCUCACCUCGCACAGCAUGGAGGAAUGUGAGGCUCUGUGCACGAGGAUGGCGAUCAUGGUGAACGGCAGGUUCAGAUGUCUCGGCAGCGUCCAGCACCUGAAGAACAGGUUUGGCGAUGGGUACACCAUCAUCCUGCGGGUGGCGGGGCCGAACCCCGACCUGCUGCCCGUCAUGAAGUUCAUUGAAAGCGAGCUGAGCGGCAGCACGCUGAAGGAGAAGCACCGGAACAUGCUGCAGUACCAGCUGCCGUCCUCGCUCACCUCGCUUGCUCACAUCUUCUCCAUCCUGGCCAAAAAUAAAGAGACGCUGAGGAUCGAGGACUACUCCGUCACUCAGACCACGCUGGACCAGGUGUUUGUAAACUUCGCGAAGGACCAGAGCGAUGACUAUCACUCCAAAGACAACUCUGUGAGGCGGAAGGACGUCGUCGUCAUCGAUCUCCCGGCGCUGAGCUCGACCAGCGGAGCCUCGCAUGACGGUGGCGGGCUGUCGGAGAGCGUCAUGUGACCGCACU